CGACGUCGACGACGACGACGACGACGACGACGACGACAACGACGACGACGACCGCCACCAUCACUAUCACUAUCACUGUCACUAUCACUAUCGCUAUCGCUAUCACUAUCACCAUCACCACUACCAUCACCAUCACCAUCAUCACCACCACAACCACCACCACCUCCACUACCAACGAUCACAAGGAAAACUCGAGGGAAGAUGAGAGGCGCGUGCGACGGCGGCAUAGCGAGCUUUCUCGCUCUGGCGCUCCUCUGUUUAUUCCACACGUCAUGCAUUGUGGACGGACUGUUGAAGUGUUAUUGCGAUAUUUGUACGGACACCAAUCACACGUGCGAAACCGAUGGUUAUUGCUUCGCUAGCACCAGCUUGGAGAAUGAUAUGACCACAUAUGCCCGGAGGUGUUAUGAUAAGGUGCGCUUCUUCCCGGCGCCCGAAUACUCAGUCUGGUGCAAAGCGAAUAACACGCUACACGGUCCAGGUGACGUGGAAUACGCGGUCGCCUGCUGCGACCACUCCGACUUCUGCAAUCGCGACCUAAGGCCCUCUUUUACUCCUCGCGAGUCCAGAGGUGGGCCAUACUUCCGACUCGUCGAUUACCUCGAACGAGUGCGGUCGGGUGGCGAUGACACGGCGUGGGUCACUUGGAAAAUGGCCUUGAUGAUAGCAAUGCCAAUAUGCGUGAUCUGCGUGGUGGUUAUGGUCAUUUAUCACGUGCGUAAGACCCCAGAAAGGCCAGGAAAUAGCGAUGAUUCGCAGGAGGCACCAGAUCGACCCAUCCUGGGUGGUGUUACCAUCAGGGAUAUGCUGGAAAUGACUACCAGUGGUAGUGGCUCAGUAGGCCUGCCGCUUCUGGUACAGCGAAGCAUAGCCCGCCAGAUUCAGCUGGUGGAGACGAUUGGAAAAGGUCGCUUCGGCGAGGUCUGGCGUGGUCGUUGGAGAGGUGAGAACGUUGCCGUGAAGAUCUUCAGCUCGCGUGAAGAAAGGUCUUGGUUCAGGGAGGCCGAAAUUUAUCAGACGGUGAUGCUCAGACACGAUAAUAUCCUCGGCUUCAUCGCAGCUGAUAACAAAGAUAAUGGUACGUGGACCCAGCUGUGGUUGAUCACAGAUUAUCACGAGAAGGGUUCGCUGUUCGAUUAUUUGAAUAGAUCGACCGUUGAUACGAACGGUAUGAUCAGGAUGGCUCUGUCGAUUGCCACCGGGUUAGCGCAUCUUCACAUGGAGAUCGUUGGCACGCAAGGGAAACCAGCCAUCGCUCACAGGGAUCUCAAGUCGAAAAAUAUCCUCGUGAAGACGAAUGGCACAUGCGCGAUCGGCGAUCUUGGAUUGGCCGUCAGACAUGAUGUAAUAACAGACACCGUCGAUAUCCAACUAAAUAAUCGGGUGGGCACUAAGCGGUACAUGGCACCUGAGGUUCUCGAAGAGACGAUAAACAUGAACCACUUUGAUUCCUUCAAGAGGGCUGACGUGUACGCUCUCGGGCUGAUCCUCUGGGAGAUCGCAAGGCGAUGCAACGUCGGCGGAAUUCACGACGAAUAUCAGCUGCCGUUUUACGACUUGGUGCCUUCUGAUCCGACGAUCGAAGAGAUGCGUAAGGUUGUGUGUACCGACAGACAGAGGCCAUCGAUACCGAAUCGGUGGCAGUCGAUCGAGGCGUUACAAGUUAUGUCGAAGGUGAUGAAGGAGUGUUGGUAUCACAACGCGGCAGCUAGGCUAACCGCGCUUAGGAUUAAAAAAUCUCUCGCAAACUACGGUGCGAUGGAGGACUUGAAGUGAAACGAGGAGAAUCAGCAGGUCGUCGAAAUGACCGGAAUACUAGAAGUGCUCGAAACAUACUUGGACAUUUACUUUAAUUGUAAUACUUUUAUCGCAAUAACACUUUUAAGUGCCGUGUUACUCCGCGAGUGAGCGAGAGAAAGAGAAGGGAGAGA